AUUAAAUUAUUAUUUGUAAUAAUAUUAUUAUUUUUUAUAUUUUUAUGGUAUUAUAAUGUAAAUUUUUUAAGUUUUUUAAUUUUAAUAGAAUUUUUAGUAAUUACUGUUUUAUUUUUUAUUAUUGGAUAUGAAAUUAAUAGAUGGUUAUUUUUAAUUUUUUUAGUAUUUUCUGUAUGUGAGUUAGUUUUAGGUUUAUCAUUAUUAGUAAGAAUAAAUUAUGAACUUGGUCAUCAAAAAUUAAGAGUUAUAGAUUUGAUUUAUUAA